AUGAUUUUCCUUGCGCUUCUCACGUUCUUAACCUCUUGCAGUCUCAGUGCUGCCACUGUCAAUGGCAACGGCAGCAGCACUGAAUACGACACCAUCAUAAUAGGAGGCGGUCCAGCUGGGCUCAGCGCGCUGAGCGGACUCGCUCGUGUGCGCCGACAUGUCUUGCUCAUCGACUCUGGCGAGUACCGCAACGGCGCCACCCGUCACAUGCACGAUGUGAUCGGACUCGAUGGUGUUACCCCGGCAUACUUCCGCUGGCUCGCCCGCGAGAAGAUUGCCUACUACCCCACAGUCUCGUGGACCAACGGCACCGUCACCGACAUCGAGCCCCAGGGGACCAGCGGGGACCCGUCCUACACAGUCAGCGUGACCUAUCCAAGCGGCGAGCAGGCCGUCCUCGCCGCAAGGAGCGUCGUCAUCGCCACGGGCCUCAAGGACGUGAUCCCAGGCACCCCAGGCCUGCGCGAGAACUGGGCGCAGGGCAUCUACUGGUGUCCCUGGUGCGACGGCUACGAGCACGCCGACCAGGCCUUGGGCCUGCUGGGCUCACUCGACGCGAUCCCCGGCAUGGUGCGCGAGGUCCGGACCCUCGACGCCGACCUGGUCGCCUUUGUGAACGGCACCGACACGCCCGACGUCCGCAGCACCGCCGACAGCGCGUUCCCCGGCUGGGAGACGUACCUGGUAGAGAACAACGUGACGGUCUACAACCAGACCCUGGCGUCCAUCACCCGCCUUGCCAACGGUAGUACCAACGGCAGUGACCCGAGCGCGCCGACGCACCCAGAGCACGACCUGUUCAGCGUGGAACUCGACGACGGGACGGCUGUCGAGCGGGCGGCCUUCUUCACCUCGUUCCCCAGCGUCCAGCGGUCCAACCUCGGCCGUGACCUGGGUGUUAUUGUGCAGAACGGUCGUCUCGCCGGCGUGCAGGGGUUGGGGUACCUGACCAACAUCCCCAUGGUGUACGCGGUCGGGGAUAUCAACAUUGAUGAUUCCACCAACGUGCCGCAUGCCAUGUACUCUGGAAAGAAGGCAGCGGUUUUCCUACAUGUUGCCCUGGCCAAGCAGGAGGCUGCUGCGCAGAUCGCCGCCGCUGGAGAGGACGCCAGUCCAGCUGCCAAGAGAGUAGCAGAGCCCGAGCUAGACCCACGAGAAGUCUGGGAGGUCAUGAACGGACCAAGAGAUGACAUUCUUCACGCUGGAGACUUUGAUAGGGAUGAGUAUUGA